AUGGCUUCCAAGGCCGCUCCACCGACCGGCGUCCGCCCCAGCCAUACGCUGUACUGCUCCAACUUGCCCGACAAGCUCCAGAAGGAUGAUUUGAAGCGUGCUUUGUACAUGCUCUUCUCUGUCUACGGCUCUAUCCUCGACAUCGUCGCACUCAAGACCGCCAAGAUGCGCGGACAAGCCCAUAUCUUGUUCCGCGACGUCUCAUCUAGCACACAAGCCAUGAGAUCUCUACAAGGCUUCGAGUUCUUCGGCAAGGAGAUGCCUCCCCCUCCUGAGGCUCCUGCCGCUGCUCAGCCAAACAGUCUUCAGCAGUCAAUCUUCUCAGGUGCUCCAGGUGCCUCUACUGCCCCCGGAUCCACCGCUCCGUUGGCUCCGCCCCCUACACUCGACUCGGCCGCUAGUGCUCCUGCUCAAACUGCUGGCGUAAAACGACCUAGAGACGAGAGCGAUGACGAGAAAGAGCAAGAAGCCCCUAUGGAUAUGGACGAUGAGGCCAUGGAAGAGAGCGAUGAAGAAUAG